AUGCAGCCCGUUCACGCCCCGUUCAGCAUCAAGGUCCCGGGCAUCUGUAUCUACUGCCAUCUCCCGCUUGCUGCCUUCAUCGUGAACCGAUGGCAGCAUCGAUUAGCACAAUUCACUAACAAAUCGACAAGCCAAAGGGAUCCACCUCAAAGGGAGAGGGGCAAUCCGCAAUUCCAUUCAUGCACUGACUUGCACUGCACCUCCAUGUCUGCCUCCGCCUCGUGGGCUUGUCACGAAUACACGUCAGAUCAGGUACCGAGCCCAGUAAGCCGCUCGCAGCCUUUCCGCCACGUCUCACAGAAUAGCCAUUUCGUUUCUCUUUUGCCGAGGGCACAUUGCACAUUGCACAAGAAGCCAGAAAACAAAGACAAGGGGAAACACGGUGUCGGUGCCCAAUCGCCCCAGCCCGAGAUACCAAAGGACCGUGUCAUAUCGCGUUGCGCCUGGGCGCCAUGGCGACUGCUAUCGUUCGGUGUCGUUAUCGCAGCUCGCAGCUCGCCGCGCCCCACCACCAUGGCGUCGUGA